AUGGUGCUCGUUACAGAUUUCAAAGAUAAACUCGCUCUUAUCACGGGAGCUACUGGAGGAAUUGGGUACGCGACAUGUUUAGCGCUGGCGGGGUUGGGGUGUGAUAUCGCUGUUCACUACAAUUCUGCUGCUGAGAAGGCACAGACGCUCGUGGCCGCGUUGCGUGAGAAGGGUGUGAAAGCUGAGUGUUUCCAGGCAGAUCUGAGGUCGUAUGAUGAGGUCCGCCGUUUGCACAAGGAGGUCGUUGAGAAGAUGGGUCAUCCGGCGAUUCUGUUCAAUAAUGCUGGUAUUACGAUCAAGCACGGUAUCAAAUCGAUCGAAGAGGUGGAUAUGGAUAUGUUCGAACAGACGUGGCGAGCAAACUGCGGAAGUGCAUUCCUACUAACCCAAUUGUGCAUACCCGAGAUGGAGAAGAAAGCAUGGGGACGUGUGAUCUUUUGUGCCAGUGUUGCGGGAUUUAUUGGUGGUUUCGUAGGACCACAUUACGCGUCUUCGAAGUCAGCACUCCACGGCCUCGUACAUUGGCUCUCACAGCACUACGCCCACAAGGGCAUCACCGUAAACGCGGUAGCACCCGCCUUAAUCGCGGAUACCACGUUGUUACCCGGUAACCCAGAAGAUCUCGCCAAGAGUACCCCGGAAAAACACACGCUAUUCUCACGAGUGGUGGCUAAUUUUCUUGGUACAGAAAUUCCCGUCGGUGUACUUGGUAGACCUGAAGAGAUUGCAGAGACGGUUGUGUGGAUGGUUAAGACGGGGUAUCUGACGAAUAAAGUGGUUGGAGUUGAUGGAGGAAUGUUCCCACAGUAA